GUUUCAGGCGUUUUUCUUUUAUACAUUUUUAUUAUACAUUUUAUAAAGCAGUGUGUCUCUCGGAAACUGUCAAAUGUUUGUUUAUAAUACAAACGUGACAUCAUUUCACAGUCACAGGGAACAUUUUUCUACAAAACUGUCAGCAGAUGGCGCUGCACAUCAGUUUCAGGAGAGACGUUUGUGUGUCUGUUUUGACUACCUGUUAAAAUUCCUGCAUAUUGAUCCUGUUAGUUAUGACAAAGUGAACAAAAAUGUGAAUGGCUUAUAUGAGCUGGUGCUUUUUUUUUUGCUGUGUGUGUCUGUAUGUAGGUUUUACUUAUGUUACUUACUUGUCUUGCAUUUCCAGGACUCGCCAGUCAGGGGGCGCCGAUGGCAUCCUGUCGUCUAUGUGCAGCCUUUUCUCCUCCAGCAGAGCGAGAGAGAGGGAGAGCGGUGGCCUCUCUCGCCCCAGCCUCUGCCCUGUCAUCCUCACCCUCCUCCUCCCUCCCUCCAGAGAGGGAAGCACCACGCCCUAUCAGCCAAUCGGAGCUCGACUCCACCUUCUCCAUCACAUCAUCUCAGUUUCCAGGGUAACAGCCCCCCCCCUCUCUCCCCCUCUCUCUCUUUCCCUCUGUUUCCAUACUGAAAGGUGCAGCAUCAUCACCGUCACCAUCCGUCUGUCCCACACUGAGAGCUGGUGGGCUAGUUUAGCUUUAGCCUCCUCUCUCUUUUAGCUUCAUCUCUCUCUCUCUCUCUCUCUCUCUCUGUCUCUGCAGUGGGACUGCUACAGCAUCACAGGCACCUCCCUCCCCCUCUCUUUCUCUCCCCCUCCCUCACCCACCUCCCUUCUCUCUGCAACAUCCAACAUAAGAGAGGAAGAGAAGGAAAUGAGAAGUGGAGGAGAGAGUUCACUCCAAUGACGCUUGCCAGCCCACAUUAGGACUCCCGCACACCCACCACCUCUCGCACCAUGAGUGUCGUAGCUCUCUCACCCAUGGCUCCCGAGCCACCGUCCCCCAUGCUCACCUCCGUCACGCCCGUCACACCGACCCUGGAGUUAACCGGCACCUCCGUAAGCCCCGCCCCUCACAGCCAGGAUCUGGAUCAUCGUCAGUCCCAGGAUGGAGCCUCCUCACCGGGCUCCAGCACAGGCUUCAUCCCUGGAGCCGGAGAUUCCACCAGGAGGUCAAAGAAACCUCCACCCCUCCACACGGGCGCUGACUGGAAGGUUGUCCUCCACCUGCCCGAGAUAGAGACGUGGCUGCGGGUGACCAGCGACCGAGUCACGCAGCUCACGCACUCUGUGGGACAAGACGGGGGCAACAGACACGUGGACGUCCACCUGGUGCAGCUCAAGGACAUCUGUGAGGACAUCUCAGACCAUGUGGAGCAGAUCCAUGCUCUACUGGAGACGGAGUUCUCCCUGAAACUCUUGUCCUACUCUGUCAACAUUAUCGUCGACAUCAGGACGGUGCAGCUGCUCUGGCACCAGCUCAGAGUCUCCGUCCUCGUCCUGAAGGAGCGUCUGCUGCAGGGUCUGCAGGACUCCAACGGAAACUUUACCAGGCAGACGGACAUCCUGCAGGCCUUCAGCCAGGACCAGCACCAGACCCGCCUAGACGCUCUGACGGAGGUGGACGACUGCGGUCAGCUGACCAUCCGCUGCAGCCAGGACUACUUCUCUUUAGACUGCGGCAUCACCGCCUUUGAGCUGAGCGACUACAGUCCAGGCGACGAGCCAGAGGCGCGGGGAGGAGAGCCCGGCGACUGCGACGCUUCCCAGGAGGAGGAGGAGCCCGAUCCAACCGAAGAUUCCCGCCCUGAACCCGAAGGCCGCUCCCCCUCCAACCAGGACCUUUAUAGCAGUUUACCUGAACUCGCCACACCCAGUGACGAUCUCACAAACCACAACCAUUCUCCGCCGCAGUUGCCCACAAUGCAGUCCGGUCCGCCCGUCCACAGUGAAGGCGCGAAGCGGCCGCUGUACGGCGUGAGCCACAGCACCGAGGUGUCGCCCACGCAGCCGUCGCUCCCCAAGAGAGCCGCUCUGUACUCCAGUGACGGAAGAACCAGGAGGGAGGAGUCGCAGGGAGGUUUGAGGAGAGUCAACCCGCUCUGUGGACUCCAGGUCCAGGCUGAGCUCAGCCAGAGCUCCCCCUCUCUCGUGGAUCCUCCGGAUCGCUCCAAGUUUUGGUUGGAGCUAGAAUCAGUUUAUCCAGAGAAUGUGUCGCAAUCCUACGAAAGUCUGCAGGUCAUGAAUGGGCGAAACCUGCAGAGAAACCAUGUGACCUCCAGACCCGGCAUACACUCAGAGGGGCGUGUGCAGCGAGCGCCGGCCGACCAGAGGGGCUCGUCUGCGGCCACGCCAACCACCACGACUGCCGACGCCGCGGCGUCUCAGGAUGGAACAUCACAACAAAUGGAGAGGACGCAGGAGGAGACACACGCUCACAGUGAGGGGGAGUCCGACUCCUCGUUGCCCUCCCCCAUGAGGGAGCAGCUCUUCUCCUCAGACCUGGAGGCGUCCGGAGAGGAGUCGGACCCCCGACCACCGCCCGGCAAGGCGGCAGUUUGGAUCGUGAAGCGUCAGGAGCAGAAGCAGGGGGCCCCGGUUUCACAAAGAGCCAGUCCAGACCGGGAACACUGGUACGGGUCGGAGGAGUUCUUGGCUCUUCCCGCUCAGCUGCGUAAGACGGAGAUGCUCGCCAUGAAGCUGGAGAGUCUGGCUCAGUCCCUCCCGCUGAGACCCGGAGACUCAGACCCGGAAGCUCUGCAGGACGUGGACGACUGGGAUUUGACGGAGCUCAACCCGGACUGGGACGUAGGGGACGGCGUGAGCUGCGUCGCAGAGAGUGGGGACGAUAAUUCUUCUCCUCUGCCUCCACUGCUUCCUUACAGAAGACACCUGGUCAGCCGGUUUAGCCCCACCUCCUCCAGUGACAUUGCGCCCUCGGUCGGGGAAAGCAUCGAGUCCGGCCCGCUGAGUGAUCUGCAGUCUGAAGAGGAUGAGGGCCGGGAGUCUGCGGAACGCCACUUGCAGGUGAAUGGACGUGGACGUGUGUCACUGGUGCAGGAGCUGCUGCAGGACAUUCACAGUCAGGACAAAGACCCUGACAUCUGGAGGAAGAUUGAGUGUUUCGUGCAGCAGUUGGACGGCUUCAUCUCGUGGCUGCAGGAGGCGCUGGACAGCACGGAGAACUGGACACAGCCCAGACAGGAGCUGGACAGCCUGAGGGUUUACCUGGACACACACCUGAGUUUCAAGCUGAACGUGGACGGUCACAGCGCUCUGAAGGAGAACAUCGUGGAGGAAGGACGAGCGCUGCUCACCGUCAUCACCUGCCACCAGUCAGGUCUGAAGGAAAUCCUCCAGAUGGUUUCCAGUCAGUGGGAUCAGCUUCAGCGGCAGAUCCGGCGCCAACAUGGCUGGAUGCUCCGCGCCCUCCGCUGCAUUCAGUCACGCCUCCUCUACACCGGCCAAUCACAGGAGCUCUUUGUGGCGCCCGCCGAGCCGCCGGCCGCCCGGCAGCCUCCGUGCACCGCGGACGACCUCAAGGCCGAGUUGAUGUCCAGUCAGCAUGAAGCCCAGAGAGCCGCGCUGGAGCAGAUGGUCGUCAAACUGAGCACGCUGCGUUACCCGUCAGCCACCAGCAGGAGGCAGUAUAGCCAGCUGCCCAGGAACAACAACAGUCUGCAGGACUUUGAGGUCGAGUACCAGGAGCUCUGGGAUUGGCUGAUGGACAUGGACGCCAUGGUGGUGGACAGUCACCAGCUGAUGAUGUCAGAGGAGCAGAGACAUCACCUGUUCAAGAGCAGCCACACUGAGCUGAUGAUGAUGGAGAGUAAGAAGACCAGUCUGCUGGGCCGCGCCGAGUCCCUGAAGAGGAGCGGAGCCGAGCUGCCGGGAAACUUCCACUGCAACAUACACAACCUGACACACACGUGGAACCAACUGCAGAAAAUCCUCUCUGAGCAUCCAGAACCCGCCUCCCUGCAGCAGAACUGCUCAACGAACGUGAACGCUCUGCUGGUCGGCGGCCGUGACGACGCUGCCGCCGCUGCCGCCGCCGCAGAGAACCGGCGCUCGGCUCUCUCUCCGCUCACCAACUCUCUCCUGGAGCAGCUGGAGACGCGGAUCAAGGAGCUGAAGGCGUGGCUGCGAGACACCGAGCUCCUCAUCUUCAACUCCUGCCUCAGGAACGACAAGGACGCCAACGACCAGCUGCACAGCUUCAAGUCUCUGUGUGCAGAAGUGCGAGCUCGACGUCGAGGAGUUUCCUCCGUCCUGAAGCUCUGCCAGAAGCUGCUGCAGCAAAGCCAGUCGGGCCCCAUGGCGGAGGUGGGCCCUGAGGCGGAGCAGCACCGGGAGGCCCUGCAGCUGCUGUCAAUCAACCUGGAGCGGAGGUGGGAGGCGAUCGUGAUGCAGGCGCUGCAGUGGCAGAACCGACUGAAGAGGGAGCUGGGAGAGCAGCAGGUUCCCGGGAACUUUCUUGAACCAGGUCUCGUGGACCUCCACCACAUCAGCCCAGUCCCAGCCGGUCCCGCGGCACCGGCGCUGGACGACUUCUGGGAAUGGGACGAAACCGAUAUGACGAUCACUGAGGCGGAGCCACAAGAAGUCCCAGAACCUGAUCUCCCCACAGAACCAGGUCUGCCUCCAGUCAGUGUCACAUCCAACCAGAGUGGAACCGGUGGUCCUAGUCCAAGAGGGUCUUCAACAGAAACUGAUGUUCCAAACAACAAUCACAUCUACCAGGUUUACAGCCUUCAUCGUGUGGAGUUGUACCAUCAACCGCAGUUUCCUCUCUCUUCUUCUUCUCUACACAAAACCAAAGCAGGAAAACAGAAACAGCGCCUCCUGCUGAAGAGUCUGAGCAAAGACUCCUCCUUCUCCUCCAUUGAAUCGCUCCCAGACCUCCUGGGAGGUUUGACGUCCAACGCUCGAGGAGGAGACGAGAUGUUUGGACACGUGGGCGGAGAGAGCGAGAGGGGAGGCGGCAGGGGCAGUGGCCAGUCUGCGACCAGCCGCCGCUCUGAGUGCGAGAGCGGGAUCGUGAGCGACACGGGAGACACGGAGACGCCGGCGACGACCUCCGAACUCCAGGGAGAGCAAAAGGACGAGGACUGUGUGAGGAGCGAGGGGGACAAGAAGGAGAGAGGAUGGAGGAGGGACGAAAACAGGAGGAACAGAGAGGAGGAGAAGAGGAGGAGGCACAGGAGAGGAGGAGAGGCCGUGGAGAUACUCAUCGACGGGCGUGGCAUCCUGACGCCGGCCGACUCUGACUCUGACUUUGAGGUGGGAGGAGUUUGUGUCGGUUCCUCUGAGGUGUUUGCGUCUCGCAGUGACAUCACAGGAGGUCAGGACAGUCUGGAGACUCCGGCUCCGAGCCGCCGAGCAUCCACUCCGGGUUUAUCGCAGAGUUCGUCUCUGGAGUCUCUGCUGGCGCCCGGCGUGGAGCUGUUUCCCUCCAAAGACGUCGUGUUGCAGCGCAGCGCGUCGCUGGAGAGCUGCCUGGCUCCGUGUCGCAGCAGUAUGUCCAGCCUCGCCGAGCUAGACGCCACGCAGGGCGGAGCUGAACAGGCGAACAAGGAGGAGAUCGCAGAAAAUGUUCACGGUGAAGCGUCGUCCGGGGAACUUAGUCGCAGGACUCUGGAUCUUCUCAAACGUCUGGAGAACAUCCAGAGUCCUCUGACGCCACAGAUGACCCGCAGCGUUUCUGACAUGACGCUUCGCAGCAGCCGCCCAAUCCCCGCCUCUCCGUCGCUCGGCGGUCGUCACGUGCCGCUUUACGGGAUUUCAGGAUGUUCGCGGAGAGGCCCGCCAUCGCUGAUCAACGAGAGCUCAGCGACGGCGUCGCUCACAGAGCUGAGCAGCACCGAGGACUCGUCUCUGGCCUCCGAGGAUUUGGCCGGAUGUCGUCAGCUCCUGGACCCCGCCGCGCCGGCCAACGCAAACUCAGGCUGUCACGGGAAACGUUGUCAUGGAAACAGCCAAGCAGGUCACGGGAUGGAGGAAGCCGACGCGGCGAGCCUGAGCAUGGUGGUGAACGUGUCGGCAUGCACGGACGAAGACGAGGACGACAGCGACCUCCUGUCCUCCUCCACGCUCACGCUCACUGAGGAGGAGCUCGGCGUGCGGGACGGAGAGGACGACGAGGACGAGGAGAGGCUGAGCGGCGUCUCCUCAGGCGACGAGGACGACGAGGACGAGAUGGAGGGCUCCUACGUACUGGGACUGGAGGACAUUCGGAGCGAGCUGCAGAGCUGGAUCCGAACCCCUCGCACCUCCUCUAAAACUGAGUUGGGUCUGCGCGACGAGCUCCAGUGUGGAACCCACCUGACCUCCACCUUCACCUGCUCCUCCGGGAACAAGCAGCACAACUGUUUCCUCAACCGCUCCCCCAAAGAGAGAGAGAGCAAAAAAACAAAGAGAGGAGGUGAAGGAGAGGAGGAGGAGAACAGGAGGAACAGACGCUACAUGAGCCAGUUUGUGGACGACGUGGAGAACGGGAACGUGGACCAGAUCUGUCUGAGAGGGAAAGACGAGGACGACGAGCUCCUCCGAGAAGAGUCCAGCGUGUUCACCAAGAAAGGAGAGUCGCAGAGGGAAUCGUACGUGUUUGCUAAGAAAGGAGAGUCAGGUCAGGAGGUGAGAGGAGGUGAGGCUUUGAAACCAGAGCCAAACUCGGCCAAGCAGCUUCUGUCCUCCCCGACCAGGGAGGUCUUCCCUUUUCCACCCACACGUGCUUCGUCUUUGGUGGGACAGCUGCAGGGAGAGCUGCCUUGCCACAGCUCUGCCCUCCCCUCGCCCCCCUCCCUCUCACCUGUCGACGACUGCAGACCCCGUGAUGCCUUGCACAACGGCAGGUCGGAGGGCGGCGGGAGGAAGGCCAUCACCAUUCAGGAGAAAUUCAAAUUCUCGUCGUUUGUGACGGAGGAGACGAAGAGGGAGGUCCGAGACAAAGAAACAUCCCCGCGUCCUAAGAAACAGAGAGGCUGUCACGCCUCCUGCCCCGCCCACCUCCACUCCUCCUCCUCCUCCUCCUCCUCCUCUGCCCAUGAUCCACGCAGCACAGACGAGAGCAAAGAGGAGAGCGUUCACGACUUUGUGAUGGAGAUCAUCGACAUGACGUCGCUGGUGCUGAAGAGCAAAGAGAGUCCGGCUGAAGACAGGAACCGGGCUGAGAGCGGCGGCUCGGACCCGGAACACGGCCCGGCAUCACUCGCUCACAUCAGAGACAAGGUGUUGGAACACUCCCACCGCCCUCUUCACCUCCGUAAAGGAGACUUCUACGCGUACCUGUCCCUCUCGUCCCACGACAGCGACUGUGGCGAGGUCAGCCAGUGCUCCGAGGACAAGAGCUCCACCCCGGCGCCGUACAGCAUCCCCGCGUACGCGUCGCCGACGCAGGGCCUGCACAGCCCCGCCUCUGAGAUGUUCACCAGCACCAGACAGAAGGUCGCCGCCUCCUCCUCUGAACGCUCCUCCCCUCACCUCGAUUUCACCGCAUCGACCAGCCCGUCACCGUCGCUCCCCCCGAGCCCCGACAUCCGGGACGAGGAGACGCUGUUCGCCGCCUGCACGGAGGAAGUCUACCUGGGCCCGCCCCUCUGCUACAGCAUGGCACUCACCAGGAAACAGCGGAUACUCCUGCUGAAGGAGUCACGUUCCAAACCAGGAGCGUCUCCUUCAGAGGAGUCUGUGCUGGACCAGGAGCUUCUGUAUUUCCAAGGGUCCAGUCCCACGCAGAACUCCUCGCCUCCUCUCCUGGAUCCUUGUCACGGCUCGUUUUCCUCCUCCUCUUCCUCCUCCCAGCAGACGUCCAGAAAGCCUCCUCCUCCUCCUGCAGGUGAGGACCUGCACCUUCUGUGUGAUGUCGCUGGAGGAGAAGUGGCAGCUGCAGCGAGUGUCAGUAAUGAGGGGCCUCCUUAUCUUAAUCCCCGGGCUCGUGUCUCCCCGGCAGACUCCCCUGCAGACCAGUGUUUGGCAGAUACUAAAACGCUUGAAUCCAAUAUGGACGCCGUAAUGACCGAGAUAAGUGUCCGCGGCUCCGCUACAAAUCCCUCAAAAGAGCCGACUGCCACGCGUAUUAAUCCCAAAAUUAACUGCUCGCCGAUGAGAGAGACAGAUACGAAGGAGAGGAGGAGAGGAGGAGGAGAGGGGGACGCUCAGCAGGUGACGCAGGAAGAGAAGGGGAGGAGAGGGCGGAGCAACUCGCAGAGGGAAGUGAAGACGAUGACAAUGAAGCAGGUGAGCUCUCCGUCAGCUGUCAAUCAUGUCACCAGAGCAGCACAGGGGCGGAGCCAGACCUCAGUGAGACACACCCCCUCCAGGCCGGCACCGCUUAGAAGACUCCCUGUCCUCGGAGCAGGAGCCUCCAGGAUCCACCUGUAGGGGGAGCUCUCUGCUGACCUGAUCUGUCCUAUGGGUUUCAUCUCUCCUCCUCCUCUUCCUCCUCCUGCUCUUCCUCUUCUGCUUCUGGAUCUCCUCCACGUUGUGACGUUGAACAGAAAAGACGAUGAUUUUGAUUUGAAAAAAAAGUAAAGGUUUAAGAGUUAGCAACACAAACACAUAAUUUAACUGAGAUUAUCUGCUGGAUUAUUAGAAAUCAAAGUGGAACAGAGCAGCACACACACACUGACUGAACUAUUACUAACUUUACUUUUUAACCUGUUGAACCACACACACAUUUAUGUCCUCAUCGUCCACACUAACAUGUUUGAUGUCCACGUGGUGUCCGCAAGAGACACAAGUGUGAGUGUGACCACGACGAUGAUGAUGUCACUUCCUGUAAAUACACAGGAGUUCUUUGCUGCGUUUUCUAUGACGCAUCUCUGUUUGUUUCCACGUCAGAGGAGAGAUCACGUGAGAUCACCUGAGGUCACCUGAGGUCACGUGAAGUUAUGUGAGAUAACGGCAGUUCACAUGUGGUCAUGUGACCUGACGUGAUCAGCCAUUUUGUUCACAUCUGUGAAGAUUCUCCUCUCGUAUUUAUUAAAAAACCCGUACGAAUUUUAAAACUCCUGUCGUCUAAGUUUGCAUAUUUACAUUUUAUUUGUUAAACGAGACUGAGUAAAUAAUGGAGAUCGCUAACCCCUGACCUUUGACGAACCAAACAAAGCAAACAUAGACGCGUAUUUAGUAAGUGCAAACGCUCCUGUGACCAAAGUCACACGAUUGACGCAGGAAAACACAACCUACGAACUUUCACCUCUUCUAGAAAAUGUCCUUUUUUUGGUAAAGAGAACGGAUUAGCUUUAACGACGUUGGAUUACGAGAAUUUUUCCUCCUCAGAUAAAAAAAUAAAUAAAAUACAAGUAAUACAAAGUAAAAGCAUCAUUUUCAACUUGUGUUAAAAUACUCACUUAUAUAUUCACCUUUAAAGUGACCACUUAAAGAAAGAUAAGAAAUAUCGCAAUGACAAACAGACAGAAGGUUUAAGCUUGUUCUUAAAAGUCAUAAAUAAAACGUAAAACUAAAACAUUACCACAAUUAAAAGAACUUCCUAUUUGUCGCUUUAUUUAGUUUCUGCUGGACAAAAAAUUAAUAAAGAUUUUUCUUUUGUUCAGGUUUUACGUGAAAGAUUAAUCGCAAGUUUUCCUUUAGCUAACAAUAGCGAUAACAAUCCGAAAUGUUCUCAGCUGAUUUUAACACUGUGUUCACGCCGGACACGACGCAAGAUUACACAAGGUCACGUGAGAUCACGUGAGGUUACGUGUGACGAGAUCGGCCAUUUUGUUCACGUCUGUGAAAAUUCUCCUCUCGUAUCUGAAAAAAAACAAAAACACAAAACAAAAAAGUACGAAUUUAAGUAUGUUUACAUUCAGAGUCAACGCACAGGAGCGAGACUCGCGGCGGCCGAGCCGAGACGCGCAUCAACAUCGCACAAAUCACAUCUGGCCCGUGGGUUGGAAUAGAUCAUUCAACUUUUGCGAAAAAUCGCGAUGUCGUAGCGGCGGUUUCUUCUCUGCAGACGUUUCUACAACAGUUUUGUUUGAUGGUGAAAAGAAAUGAUCGCUCACUCUGCUCUGAAUCUGCUGACCGCCACUCACGUUUCCCUGAAACAGAGACACUGAGGGGUCAGCGGAGGACGACACCAUGAAGUGUCCACGUCAGGAGGGACACGGCGCCGAAGGUCGUACCUUCAGAGCUCUGCUGCUGAUGGCGAUGUGUUUAAAAUACGCCCACUUGAGGCUAGAGCUCCAAUCGCGAGUGGCGCAGAGCAACGCGACAAAUCGUGUCCAGUGUGACGACACCGGACACGGUGCGGAUUCACAUUUACAAAGUCAAAGCACAGACGUGGUACUUGCGUCGGCCCGGGCCAGUGACCGGACUCCGCGUGGGGAAACAGAUUAUUUUUGUGUGCGGACCAAUCGCGUUUGGUGUGAACACAGCACGGAACUUAAAAUGGAAGAAAAACGCCUGAAAUGUCGGAUAAAACUGCGCAGAAACAAACGCGCACAAACCUCGAUGAACGGAAAACGAUUCAAAAAGUCUGGUUUGUUGUCGUUAAAAUCCUGAUCGACGUGCGAGACGUCGCAUCUCCUCUUCUUUACUCAAUGAAACUGUAGAAUUAAGAUUUCAUCUAUGCAACACGACCAAAGUUAGUGAGCGCUGACGACUGUCGGCGAGGACGCGUGUUGUUGUUACAUAAAAAAACACUUUACAGUUACUUUCUUCUUCUUUUGUCGGCGAUGAUUGGCGGCGACGCUGAGGGUUAGAGGUCGGCGUUGAGACGCGUCUGCGCGCGUGUGUGAGUAGAACAAAGUUAGGGUUUGAAAUCUUUACGAUAUUUAUAAUUGUGUGCCUUGCUCUUCUGUCGUUUACUUUUUGUUAAUGAAAAAUAAAACACGGCUUCUUGAGUUUGGCGAGGAUAAAAAAACAAAGACGCGGCGCGAGUUUGACGUUGACUUUGUGUAAAUAUGUAAAAGUGUAAAAGCAGACGAUGAUGGGAUGCUUGGUCUGUGUGUUUCUUUACGUUUGUGGCCUGUGAUGUGAAAUAUCUUUAUUAUUAGACAUAAAAGAGCUCGACUGCAUGGAUCUGUCAAACUACACCAAACCAACCGUCCACAAAUAAACUUAAUUUAUUGGAAAAACA